UCUACGUUGAUGAAGUUCCAAUAAGAGAAAUAGUAAGAAAUGAAGCAAUGGGUUCAGAUUAUCCAUCAAAACCCAUGUCACUUUAUUCCACAAUAUGGGACGGUUCAACAUGGGCUACACAAGGUGGUCGUUAUCACGUCAACUACCGUUUCCAACCUUUCACAGCCGAAUUCAAAGACCUAGUCCUUCUCGGCUGCCCAGUUAACCCUUCAAUCGUCUCCAUCACCACUUCCACUUCCAACAACUGUUCAGACAAGAUCGCCGACCUCGAGGCUAACCCAUUAACGGUCAUAACCGUCGAGGGAAGAAAAUCGAUGAGGUGGUUUAGGAGAAAGUUUAUGUAUUAUUCAUAUUGUUAUGAUACAGUUAGGUAUCCUACUCCGCCGCCUGAAUGUGUGAUCGUUAUGGAAGAACAGAAUUUGUUUAAGGAAACGGGUAGACUUAAGAAUAUUAGAUUUGUUCAACAUAGGAAUCAUCGGAGUAUGCGUAAGAGGAGUUCUAGGGUUCGUCGGAAGGAGUCUUUACGCCGACGGAAGGAAACAACCCUUUCACAGGUUGUAGAACCGAAGAAGAUCCCUUCACUGGUCGUAGAAGUACUAGAACCGAAGGACACCCCUUCACCGGCUGUAGAACCGAAGGAGACCCCUUCACCGGCCGUGGAACCGAAGGAGAUCCCUUCACCGGCCGUGGAACCGAAGGAGACUACUCCACCGCCGCCACCACACCGGAGGAGGUUCCGGCCGGCACCGCCAGAAGCAACUGCCAGUGGAUUUUUGUAG